CAGUCUCCCAAGUCUGGCGCAGACGUAGCAGAAGCCUGGCCCGCCCGCCAGAAUCCAGCCAGGCACCCGCUCAGACCACCCUGACGACGGCUCGAGAGCGUCACUGACAACCACCCGGAAAUUAUACAAUAGCUUCCGGGGCCGCCUAGCGCGCGGCGGGAAAUUAUUUCCCAGAGCCCGGAUUAGUGAGGCAACGAGUGCUGCAGCGGCAGUCGUCUCCCCAGCCACCACCGCCACCCGAGGGAAGCAUCCCAAACUCUCCGGCAGGGAAGAUGGAAGAUGGUGCUCCAAAGCAUAUCAUCCAAAUGACAGGAUUUAAGAUGGAAGAAAAGGAAGCUCUAGGCAAAUUGCUUUUAAAACUAGAUUGCACUUUUAUUAAGAGUGAGAAAUACAAAAACUGUACACAUCUUAUAGCUGAACGCCUGUGUAAGAGUGAAAAGUUUUUAGCAGCUUGUGCAGCAGGAAAGUGGGUACUAACUAAGGACUACAUAAUUCAUAGUGCCAAAAGUGGCAGAUGGCUUGAUGAAACAACUUAUGAAUGGGGCUACAAAAUUGAAAAAGACUCCCAUUAUUCUCCUCAAAUGCAAUCUGCACCUAAAAGAUGGCGUGAAGAACUGAAACGCACUGGUGCUCCAGGAGCCUUCCACAGAUGGAAAGUUGUCCUCCUUGUUAGAGCUGAUAAACGAAGUGAUUCUCUUGUAAGAGUUCUGGAGGCUGGAAAAGCAAAUGUUAUUUUACCAAAAAGUUCACCAAGUGGAAUAACUCAUGUGAUUGCCAGUAAUGCAAGAAUCAAGGCUGAGCAAGAAAAAGACCAUUUUAAGGCUCCAUUUUAUCCAAUUCAGUAUCUAGGGGAUUUUCUUUUAGAGAAAGAAAUUCAGAAUGAUGAAGAUUCCCAGAACCAUUCUGUUUGGAACAAACAUAGCAAUCAGGAAAAAAACAAAGAUUUCUGGAAAGAUAUGGAAUUUCUUGAAAUGAAAGGUGCCUUAAAAGAGACCAUGUAUAGAACCCAGAAAGAAAUGCAAAAUCAUGAUGAAGAUGUUAAUGUUAGUUCUCUUUUGACUGAACAUCACAAAAAAGAAAAAUACAGAGAUUCCAACAGAGAUUUGAAAUUUGUUAAAAUGAGAGAUGCCUUAAGAAGGCACACAUGUGGAAGUCAGAAGGAAAUUAAGGAUGAAGAUAUUCAAAGGAGUUAUACUUUGAGGAAAAAACGCAAAAAAGAAAAUGAAAGAGAUUCCAGGAAAGACAUUGAACAUAACAAAAUUAAAAGUACCUCAAGAAAGCACAUAUAUAGAGAUCAGAAAGAAAUGAAGAAUUCUGUUUUUGCUGAUCGUGCCAAAGAAUCAAAAACCAAGGAUAUCAGGACAGAUGUGGAUAUUACUGAAAUAAAAAAUGAGUUAAGGAAGCACAUAUAUAGAGCUCAGGCUAUCAGAUACAGCUGCAUUAGAAUAGAUAAACAACCAGUGUACAAUAUUGAGGUUAGAAAUGCUGAAUUUCCCAGAGGUGUAUUAAAUUUAAUUGAAAGUCUCAUAGAAGGACAGUUUUUUAAAGAAGCAAUUGAAGAACUUUCCUCUUUACAAGCACAUUAUAUCCCUCCUGUAUGCCUUCUUCAUGCUCUACUAGAGAACAUUCUACAGGAUAACAUAGAUACAUUUUCUGGCCGAUACUUUCAUAUAUUGUCAGCCCUUCUUCACCUACAUCCUCCUUGGAAGUCCCCAGCCAUGUCACGAUAUUACUUAGAGCUGUUUCAGUGCCCAACUUGUAUGAAAGGAGCAUGGUCUCUAAUAGAAGUGCUUAUCAGGUCUUGCCUUUACAAUGAAAAUUUUUGCCAUCAAAUUUCAAAAAAUAUUAUUGGCACAAAAGUGCUCCACCUGACCCUGCUCAAAUUUUUCUUUAAUUUAGUGGAAAGUGAAGUGCGACAUUUGAGCCAAAAGUUGUAUGACUGGUCAGAUUCUCAGAGUCUGAAAAUAACAGGAAAGGCAAUUCUUCUUGAAAUCUUUUGGUCAGGAAAUGAGGCCUCUGGGCUUUUGACCAAACCAGUAAAUAUGCUUUUGGAGUGGACAAUAUAUUCUCACAAGGAAAAAUGCAAGUCUAAUGAUGUCUUCAAACAUGAGCUAGCUUACUUAUUGACUGGAAUUCUUGGAGCAGCAAUAGAUUAUUGGAUCUUCCUUGGUCUUAAGAGGGGUAAAAAUGUGAUGCGACACAUGUCUGAUGACUUAGGAAGUUAUGUUUCCCUUUCAUGUGAUGACUUUUCUUCACAGGAAUUAGAGAUUUUCAUUUGUUCCUUUUCCUCUUCCUGGCUUCAAAUGUUUGUUGCAGAGGCAGUCUUUAAAAAGUUGUGUUUACAGAGUUCCAUCAGUGUUUCUUCUGAGCCACUCUCUCUUCAGAAAAUGGUAUAUUCCUAUUUGCCAGCUUUGGGGAAGACUGGUGUGCACGGGACUGGAAAGAUGCAGAUAGCAAAGAAAAUAGGACAGCGGCCUUGCCUUGAAUCUCAGAGAGCCUUAUUAAUGCUGAAUGGUGCGAAACAGAAACAAGUUGAAGGGCUGCCAGAGUUACCAGAGCUGAACCUUGCUAAAUGUUCCUCAUCGUUAAAAAGAUUGAAAAAGAAGUCAGAAGGAGAAUUAUCAUGUUCCAAGGAGAAUUGCCCCUCUUUAGUUACAAAGAUGAAUUUUCACAAGACUAAUCUAAAAGGAGAAACAGCCCUCCAUAGAGCUUGCAUAAAUAACCAAGUGGAGAAAUUGAUUCUUCUUCUCUCUUUGCCAGGAAUAGACAUCAAUGUUAAAGACAAUGCUGGCUGGACGCCUUUGCAUGAAGCCUGUAACUAUGGCAACACAGUGUGUGUCCAGGAAAUUUUGCAACGUUGUCCAGAGGUAGAUCUGCUCACUCAAGUGGACGGGGUGACUCCUUUGCAUGAUGCACUGUCAAAUGGACAUGUAGAAAUUGGCAGGCUGCUACUACAGCAUGGGGGCCCAGUGCUUUUACAGCAGAGGAACUCUAAGGGAGAAUUGCCCUUGGAUUAUGUGGUAUCAUCUCAAAUCAAGGAAGAACUAUUUGCUAUUACAAAAAUAGAAGAUACAGUGGAGAACUUUCAUGCCCAAGCAGAGAAACAUUUUUACCACCAGCAACUUGAAUUUGGCUCAUUUUUACUUAGUAGGAUGUUGCUAAAUUUUUGUUCAAUUUUUGAUUUAUCUUCAGAGUUUCUCUUAGCUUUCAAAGGGUUAACUCAUCUAAAUGAGCUGCUUGUGGCUUGUAAGAAUUAUAAAGAAACUACCAGUGCUCAUACUGACUGGUUAUUGGAUCUUUAUGCCAGAAAUAUAAAGACAUUGCAGACGCUCCCAAAUAUUCUUAAGGAAUUGCCUGAGAAUUUAAAAGUGUGUCCUGGAGUGCACACUGAGGCCUUAUUGGUGACAUUGGAAAUGAUGUGCCGUUCAGUCACAGAGUUGUCAUGAUGAUACCAAAAAAUAUGAGUCAACUUUCUAAACAUACUUAGCUUACUUUGUCAUUUCGUAUGGACUUCAUAGCUUAUUAACAAAUAUUAAUUUGAUUUAUUUAUUGACAGAAUUUGCAGUUUUGCUAAAUUUCAAAAGCACUUAAAGAAACUUCUGCAACCCUGUAAUGUAGGCUUCUUUUUCCAUGUUGUAGAAUUUGACUCAAAAGUAAAAAGAGUUUCAUUGGUAUAUACUGCUUUCAUUAAUCUUUAUUAUUUCCUGAUCUGAAAGUGAUAUUUAUUUAUAUUGUACAUGUAAAACAUUUUAAUUUAAAUAUUUUUUGAAAUCAAAAUGUUCUAUCCUCUCUUCCAGGGAUUUAAGGUCUUAAAAUCAUGGCAAGGAUAUUCAUGCAAAUGUGCACUUAUAAGCAUGUAGCUCCCUGUUUAUUCUCCGUAGGCUGUUGGACUAAAAUACUCAUUUUAGUUUUGUGUGUUUGUAAAAUAAACAUCUCUAAAAUUUACAAUA